AUGCUCUUCGUUGCGCGUAUCAGUAUCGAUCAGACGUCAGGGCUAACGCGGACUCUUCAGUGCGAUAACUGCCGGGCAAGAAAGAUCAAAUGCGACAAACGAUCGCCAUGCUCCAACUGUCGAGCAUCGAAUACCGUCUGCCACACGGCGAAUCGACCAAAGGAACACCGCCAGCGGAUUCUGAUUUCAAGCCAAUAUGAAAAGAAAAUCGAGGCCAUCGAAAGCCGCCUGGCAAGAAUCGAAGGUCUCAUUCAGAACCUGGCCGCGCAUUCUGCAGCGUCCCCCUCACGACCGUCUGUCACGCUGGGCCCGUCGUAUUCUCCCCAUCAGGAGACCCUGUCCUCUUCCGGAGGACCAGCGGAACGCAACAGCUCAGCGGGCAAGACGAACACGGCCUUUGAGGGAGAUUCGUCACUACGGGCGCAUUCCGUCCAUGCGAGCCGGGUCGUCGAGCAUGCCAUGCGCAGCGAUGCGUCGGUCGACCGCAGCCCGGAGAUGCAGGAAGCGCUGGCGGCCUUGCGGACGCUGAUCGAGAAACAGCACGCGCUGUCGAUCAACCAAGACUGGCGGUUUCCGAACCAGCCGGCGAAUGCGGCGAUCGACCUGUCCUCGGUGAAGAUGCCUUCUUUGUCGUCUGUUGUAACUCUCCUCCGUCUGUGCAAGGAAUCGCACAACUUUCUAGACCUCCCCUUUCUCGACUUUGACCAGUUCAACGAGCUCUGUAAAAAGAUCUACUUUGCUGUCGAGGACUAUUCGCUUGCGGCGUUUACCCUCGUCAACGGAGGCCUGUACUAUCUCUUCCUGGAGGUGGGCAUGUUGUGGGGGAGAAACGUCCCCGAGUCGCAGGAGAGCGCGGCGAUAUGUCGUGCGAAUUUCGAGUAUGCGCUUGGCCGGUUUGACAUUUUUACUGCGCCGACGUUUGAGAAUAUCCAGGCUCUGCUUCUUGGCGCUUCAUACGCGAUCGACAUAUCACGGCCAUCCCUCUGCUGGGCCCUCACCUCGACCGCUGCGCGACUGUGCCAAACGCUGGGGUACCACCGCUCCGUGGCGUCGCCCGACGACCGCAAACUGGACAUCCAGCUGAAGAAGCGGAUGUUCUGGUACACGUACAUCCUGGACAAGAGCCUGUCGCUACGACUGGGCCAUUCGUCGACGCUGCAGGACUUUGACAUCACGCUGGACCUGCCGGAGCUGUCGCCGGACACGCGGCUGAGCAUGUGGGAGGUGAUGUACCAGCACUGGAUCCGGAUCGGGCGGUUCCAGGGGCGGAUCUACGAAGAGCUGUAUUCGCCGCAGGCCUUGUCGGGGUCGUCGGCGGAGAUGACGCGAAGGGCGAAGUCGAUCAUUUCGGAUAUGCAGAUGUGGUAUAGGGAGAUAUUGCAGAUCGAUCCCUCCCGAGCGUAUAAUCCCGCAUACUACGAAGCGGCCAUCACAUCGUGCGAGAUCAUGUAUUACUCGCUCCUGACGCUCGUCUACCGCACCAUUCCGCCCGGACCGACAGACAGUUCGACCAUCUUCAACAACGAGUGCAUCGAGACGGCUCGGUUGGCGUUGAAGGCUCAUCAGCGCAACUCGGAGCGGUACAAGGAUAGCAACAGCUACAUCUGGCAUGGGUAUAUAUCGUGGAUCCUCAUGAACUGCCCCUUCACACCCUUCCUAGUCCUCUUCUGCCACGCCAUCGCCACGGCCGAUACAUCAGACCUGCGCCGGCUAGGCGAGUUUGUGUCCUCGCUACAGUCAGCCGCUGAGGUUGCCGAGGCGGCGGAGAAGUUCUGUCGGCUGUGCCAUGUCUUUCACCGCGUGGCGGAGCUGUACAUUUCGGCGAAGAUGAGGCGGCUGCAGGAACAGCAGCAGCAGCAGGUUAAUUCUUCCCUUGGAAGAGGAUCCUCCUCAGAGGAGCAACAAAACUUGAGUAACAGCAGCAACAGCAACAUUAAUAAUAACAACCGAGCUGCUAGUGCUGGUAAUAAUAGCAAUCCUCCACCACCACAAUACCCAGGCCUAUCAUCACCAAUCGACGAUCUAGAACCCUACCUCAGCGCCCUAGGCAUCCCGAACGCGGCAGUCAUCAACACAAACACAAACAACAACAGUAAUAACAACAGCGAUCCAACCGCAAUGACAACAGCAGCAGGCUUUGAGCAAGGAUUCACAGCAGGUGAUUCAUCUUCAUCAUUAUCGCUAGGAAACUGGUUCGCAGGAAACGUCAAUAUCAUGUCCCUUCUCGAGACGGAUUUGUCGAGUGUUGUUACGCCGGUGGGUUAUUAA